CACCGGCCAUGGCUGCGCCAUGCCGCGUGCUGGCCAUCCCCUGGCUCCCCUAGAGCAUAAAGGCCGACCCCGCGACCCCCAGGCGAACCCUAGCCCCACCUUCUCCCUCUCGCGUCGCCUCCCUCUCUGUCUUGUUUGCCCGGGUGGGCUCGUCGCUGCCACAUCGCCGUCGUCGCGGCCACUAGCUCCCCCUCGCUGUUCCAACAGCCCAGGAGCACCAUCGUCCUAUUCUGCACCGACUGCAAGCGCCAGGUCGAGUCGGAGCGCGUUCGAGCCGUCUCCAUCGGCCUCCUUCCCCGACUACAUCCGCCGGUCACCGUCGCUCGAUCCACGUCUCUCCAACGAGCUCCGGCAUCAUCGAGCCUUCUGCAAGCUCCGCUACCCCGAGACCGACGUUGGUGUGACUGAGUACGACUACGUCAUCGACGUCCCUUCUUCUUGUGCAACAGAGCUUCCAGGCAAGCCCCCCCUUAUCAACAGAUAUCGCCUACUCUUCUCUCUACUGCUUGCAUUAGAGUAGCGUAGCAUGUUACUGCUUUUCGGUAAUCCUAUCCUGA